AUGACCGUCUGUCAGUUCUUCCUCCAGGGCCGGUGUCGCUUUGGGGAGCGGUGCUGGAACGAACACCCUGGCGCCUGGGGUGCGGGCGGUGGACGGCACCAGCAGCACUCAGGUAGUAACAGACGUGGAUGGAAUGCCACCAGUCAGAGAUACUCCAAUGUUAUCCAGCCAUCCAGUUUCUCCAAAUCUACGCCAUGGGGGGGCAGCAGAGAGCAAGAAAAAUCAUCUUUUGGUUCUUUUGAUUCUGGAGAUUCAACUAACAGGAACAGCGGGUUUGGAUUAUCUCAGAACCCAUUUGGUACUUCACCUACCUCUGAUGCACAGAAAGACGAAAAGAAACUUCUGGAAGGAAUUGUGAAAGAUAUGGAGGUUUGGGAAUCAUCAGGGCAGUGGAUGUUCUCUGCUUAUUCACCAAUGAAAAAGAAACCUAGUAUUUCAGGUUUUACAGACAUUUCACCAGAGGAGUUGAGGCUUGAAUACCAUAACUUCUUAACCAGCAAUAACUUACAGAGUUAUCUAAAUUCUGUUCAACAAUUAAAAAAUCAGUGGAGGAACAGGGUAAAUGAACUGAAAACGCUAAAUACAUCAACUAAAAUAGCUUUGCUCUCCGAUAUAAAGGAUGGAAUAAAUCAAGCAGAACCUGCAUUUGGAUUUGGCAGUAGGCAAACAGCAACAUUUGGGUCACCAGGUUUUCCAGUGAAUAACAGCACGAGUGAUAAUGCUCAAAAUUCUAGUUUUACAAGCUCUGGAUUUGCUACUGCACCUUCUGGAAGCCCUUCUGUGUUCAGGAAUAUUCCAGCAUUUGGAGCUGUUCCCUCUACCAGUCCUGCCAUCACUACUUCUACUCCUGCUCCUGGAUUUGGGAAACCCGAAAUCACAUCUGCUGCUUCAUUUUCCUUUAAAACCCCUGCAGCCUUGGGAUUUGGCUCAGCCGGGUUUUCUGGAUUCCCCGCUCCCAUGGCAGCAGGCCCUGUGGGAGCUCCAGGGGCCCCAGCCUUCGGAAACAGCAGUUCUGUGGCUGGCUUUGGUAGUCCAGACUCACAUUCUCACACUCCUUUUUCCAAGUCAUUCAGUGGCACUCAUGAUGGACAUAGCAGCACAUCCACCUCUGUCCCCAUCUCAAAUGGCAGCACGACAACAGGUAAUGAAUUAUUCACACCCAAGCAUCAACUAACAGCAGAAGAACUGGGGCAAUUUCAGGCCCAGAAAUUUACCCUGGGGAAAAUUCCAUUGAAGCCGCCACCUGUGGAACUUCUACAUAUUUGA